GGUUUCACCGUAUUAUUGCUUCAUGGUCUUUAUGUUUGAUUGCAUCAACUUCUGAAUGCAUUGAAGGUAUAAAGGUUUCACCGUAUUAUUGCAUCUGGUUGGCAAUUUUGUUAUUUGUAAAUAUCUACUAGACCGUAGCCUGUUUCUAUUUGGUAGAAGACUUUACGAUGUUGAGCGUCUAUGUAUAUGCAUGUAUUAUUGAAACGUCGAAGAAAUUCUUUCCAUUCAAUUUUUUCUGCUGGAAGUUGGCAUGGAAUUUUCAAUUAACUGACCAAUUUUUCUUCUUAUUUAAUCUCCUCCCUUUUGCAUGCUCGUAAUAAGUCCUUGAAUAUUAUUUUUGAAUGGUGAUUGCGGCAGUACAGAUGGAAAUGAAAUGUAUAUUUAUUAACCAGGGGAUCAAUUGUCUCUAGUUGCUGUUGAACUCGAGCAAUAUUUUAACUUUUACCCAGCACCCACCCCGUUAUUCUGAGGGGACAUUAGUAAUUGCCUAAUAACUGUGGGUGAUUGAAUGAAUUUAAAUGCUGAUUUCUAACUUGAAUUUCAUUUAGUAAAUUUAAGCAUGCUUUGAGUUUGUCUGAACAUGUGUUUCUUAAUGAUUUUACUAAAUUACCUAUAAGCAUGAGUAUUUGUUUAAAGCUUGAGAUCUGGCUAUUUGCAUAAGCUUGAGUUUAAGCAUGAGAUUACUUCAACGAAGGAAGUUAAGCACGAGAUUUGAGCAAAGCGUGAGCUUAAAGCAUAAGCGCUAAAAUCAUAAGUUUUAAAGUUAAAUUCUAAGCGAAGCAUGAUUUAGAGAUUUCUUCGAGUUUAUAAAAAUUUCAAUAGUAGCAUGACUGAGUUAUCUGAGCUAGAGGAUUACGUAUUAUGUGUGCACACAGAGGGUAUUUUGUUGGUGUAGAGUUUACCCCACGACAACGAUGCUAUCGAGAGUGCUGGGCAUGCCCCACUACGACAAGGAUGUUGAGAGUACUGGCCCUACUACAACGUAGCUAGAUAUUGAGUAGUUUAUUGGUGGUCAUGCUCGUAUAUUUAAGUGAGAAUUGCUUUGCUAAGAUUUCUUACUGGUUUGCUUUCCAAAGUAUGCUUUAUUUAAGUUAGUCACUCAUUGGGCUAUAGCUCAUGUUUUCAAAAUGUUUUCCACUUUUCAGGUAGAGAUUGUGAUUCCAGAGUCUGACCUAUUGAUGUUGGUUUGCUGUCCAGUUCUAGUUCUUUGUUCUUGUAUGUUGUAUACUUCGAACAUGCAUUUUGGUUUGUAUGUAUAUACUGGUGUGAGGUUUGAGUUAAUGCAUGGGAAUAUGUCUUGUUAUUGUCAAACCUCAGUCUUUGUAUACUGUGGGUUGUAUUGUGUUACUCUGAGUUGGAACCCUAGUGUUGUUCUUCUAAUUUUAGAGUUAGUAGCUUGUUCUUUUAAUUUUAGAGUGUCGUUGGGAGAAGAACGAUGAUUGUUGGCUUCAUGCUGUCUCUUAGGCUUAGAGAAGGGAGUGUCGGAGGGGGUGUGACAGUAGAUAUAUAUCCCACUCAAGGAUUGCUCCCCUUCUUUCAUAUGAAUCAUAUCAACUAAAUCAUGUUUCUCAUAAAAGAAAUUAUCUUGAGGAAUAGCUCAAGAUAUAAGUAUUAUGAAAAAGUAGUAGUUUUGCUGCCGUAACUUCAAUACUGAAUGUCGAGACUGCUUUCCAGUCUUGUACAAAUAUGAUUCGUUUCAUUUCUACCUUUUUUAAAUUGAAGUGAUGAUACAACUUUCUUAAACUCAACUUGUUUUGGCUCUCAACUAUGUGUGGAGUUCAUGAUUUUAGCUGUCUUUGACAAGUAUUCAAACGUAAUGAUAGCCUUUGGUCCUUACAGCCUCUACCCUCACGGCUCCUAUUGAAUGAAACUAGCAUAGAACUGCAAUUACGUUUGCAAGUGUUCCUAAAACUUGUUGCUUGGAUGGAUGCAUGUUAAAUUUCCUACAAACAGAGGACUUAUUUCAUACCUUGAUUGUGUUAACGGUGUCUUUUUGCAUGGCAUGAUAUACCUGUUAUUGUUAUGCAUUUAUUAAUCAUUUUGUCUAUUGCCUUCCAAAGUGAUAUAUUUCGUAGUGUAAGGUGAUCAAGAACAUUAGGUGUAUCUUUUUUUGAGGUCUGUCUGCAAUAAUGUCUAUGACACUUGUAUUGAUUCUGACAUGCCUUUCACGUAAUUUGUCUACAACUAAAUGAUGAUAUUUCAUACACUUGCUUUCAACUAUUUGAUUUAUUUUACGAACCAAGCUCUUUUGAUACGAUGUACGCAGAUUGAACUAUGGAUACUUAUGUUCUUCCAUUCCCGGUGAGAAAAAAUUGUAUCAAUUGUCAAACAUGUCUGAAGAGUGGAAAAAAAACCACUUUCUUCCAGCUUUCUAACCAUGGCAGACUUCAUCAUUUCCGGGAAGCAAGGGUUCUGUCUACGUGAUAAAAGUUUAUGUAUCUCUUUAAUUUCCUAUGAAUUCCGAAUCAAGAAUGGAUCUUUGUGUCUUCCAGAUAAAGGACGCGAACUCUAUUACUCUAAGGACGUGAACUCUAUGACUCUCGAGGAUGCCCUUGAACGUUUACGCUACCCAAUUACUUUGGGAAAUCAUCCAAAGGAUGGCCAACCAGUGAUAAUAAAGAUCGCAAGAGUUGGAUUCACAUUUAGAUAUCGAUGCACGAUAGCUACCGUUCCUAAGAAUUUGAAGCCAAACGACGUAGAUUUAGCGAAAGCGUUGGAGCUUUUGUCAAGGAUGUGUGCGAUCUAAGAGGAAGCCCAAGGUUGAUGAACUUUAACUUUUAUUAUAAAUUUAGCUUUUCUUUAGGGUUUUAUUCUCCCUUUAUCAUUUUUUUUUGUAUAGUUAAUCUUAUGAUGAUAGAAAAUAAAGAAAUAGAAUUAGUGUUUGAGUUCUGAUCA